AUCUUUCUUUUAACAGAAUCGUCUAGGUGCAUCAUCACAUCCUGCGGCUGCGGAGAAACUACCACUCCCUUUAAGAUUCUCCUCACGCUUCUUCCCCUUAAAGCCCUUGUGCCUAUUCAUCAUCUUCAUUCUACAUCAAUCCUUACAAAUUACAUACAAACAUCUGAAGGGUUGCAAUGGCAAGCAGUGUAGCUGCCAGAACUGGUUAUUUGCAAUUUAGAGAGUCUUCUUGCAGUGGGCAACAACUUUGUGGAGGACAGACAUCCAGGAUUUCAAGUAUAUCACUAAAGAGAUGCAAGCCAAAGGAUCUGUCGAGCUCAAGCAAUGUGUCCAAAAUCUUGCGGUUCCACAAAUCUGGCUAUUCUCAUUCUCAGAUCGUAAAAAAGUUGCAGUAUCAUAAAACCAUGGUCACAGCAUGCUUGAGAGAUGGGUCCCCAAAUUACUUUGACUUCGUAGUUAUUGGCAGUGGAGUUGCUGGCCUUCGUUAUGCCCUUGAGGUUGCAAAACAUGGAACUGUUGCAGUGAUAACCAAGGCUGAGCCUCAUGAAAGCAACACAAAUUAUGCUCAGGGAGGUGUAAGUGCUGUGUUGUGCCCUUUAGACUCUAUAGAGAGUCACAUGCAAGAUACAAUCAUAGCAGGGGCGUAUUUAUGCGACGAAGAGACUGUCAGAGUGGUCUGUACAGAAGGGCCUGAUAGAAUUAGAGAACUCAUUGCGAUGGGUGCAUCUUUUGAUCACGGGGAGGAUGGAAAUUUACACCUGGCUAGAGAAGGAGGCCACUCACACCACAGAAUUGUGCAUGCUGCUGAUAUGACAGGGAGAGAAAUUGAGAGGGCACUGCUGAAUGCAGUUGUAAACGAUCCAAAUAUUUCUGUGUUUGAGCAUCACUUUGCAAUAGAUUUGCUGACUUCCCAGGAUGGUCCAAACACGGUUUGUCAUGGUGCAGACAUAUUGAAUACUGCAACAAAAGAGGUAUUACGAUUUAUCUCAAAGGUGACUUUGCUCGCAUCAGGGGGUGCAGGGCAUAUCUAUCCGUCGACAACAAAUCCACCGGUAGCUACGGGAGAUGGAAUUGCUAUGGCACAUCGAGCUCAGGCUGUAAUUUCUAACAUGGAAUUUGUGCAGUUCCACCCAACUGCCUUGGCUGACGAAGGCCUUCCAUCAGGACCAUCAACAAUGCGAGAAAAUGCCUUCUUAAUUACCGAAGCCGUCAGGGGUGAUGGAGGCAUCCUUUACAAUCUAAACAUGGAAAGGUUUAUGCCAUUCUAUGAUGAGAGGGCAGAACUUGCUCCUAGAGACGUGGUAGCAAGAAGUAUAGAUGAUCAGCUCAAAAAACGUAAUGAAAAAUACGUGCUACUUGAUAUAAGUCAUAAACCUAGAGAGGAAAUUCUCUCUCACUUCCCUAAUAUAGCUGCAGAAUGCCUCCAGUAUGGCCUAGAUAUUACCAGCCAACCGAUUCCAGUGGUUCCUGCUGCACAUUACAUGUGUGGAGGUGUUCGUGCUGGUCUUCAAGGAGAAACAAAUGUAGAGGGUCUUUAUGUAGCUGGUGAGGUUGCAUGCACUGGUUUGCAUGGUGCUAACAGACUUGCAAGUAACUCAUUGCUUGAAGCGCUAGUAUUCGCCCGAAGAGCUGUACAGCCUUCUAUUGAUCACAUGAAAAGUUCUCACUACGGUGGCAAUGCUGCUGAUUAUUGGGAGAGGCCUACCGUUCCCAAGUCUCUAGGUAAUAAUGUAUUGGAUAAAAUCAUAAGAAGGACAAGUGAAGUGCGGAAAGAAUUGCAAUCAAUCAUGUGGGAUUAUGUAGGCAUCGUUAGAUCAACUACAAGGCUAACAACUGCGGAGCAGAGGAUUGGGGAACUGGAGUUGGAAUGGGAAGCUUACUUAUUUCAGCAAGGAUGGGAACCAACAAUGGUGGGACUCGAGGCUUGCGAAAUGAGAAACCUAUUUUGUUGUGCCAAGCUAGUAGUAAGUAGUGCGCUUGCUAGGCAUGAAAGUCGUGGCCUUCACUACACAACUGAUUUCCCCGACUUGGAAGAAAGCAAAAGGAUUCCAACAAUCAUCUUCCCUGGUUCGCCACUGAACAAUACAUGGAGUUCACGGCAAGUCCACAAGCAGCAGAUUUGCUAGCAAAAUGGAGCUCUUAAUUUACAUCUCCUGGUUGUUGCUUAUAUGGGAGGGGGCCAUUUGUCAUAUAGUUAUUUAUGAUUAUUUGCCAUUUUUUAUAUUUCUUCGGUGCAAGUAGAGCACAUCCUUGGGUGUAGCUUAUGGAUUUCUUCCUUUAUUGGGAUGUUCUCCAGCCAUUAUUCUUUCAAAUGAUAAAAUGCGCACCCCCACCCCAAGAUUGUUGAAACAGUUGCAUUAUGAUUUGAUUAUAAUUCAUUAGAGGUCGUUUGCUUCAA